AUGACUAUUCCGUUCUUCUCAUUUCAUACAAGCCCCCUUCCAAGUAAACUAGAUAUCACGCAAGAUGGCGACGAAAUCCAUGAUGACGACCCGAAUGAUAAUUCGGAUGAUGACUCAAAUGAUGAAGCUUCAUCCAACGAAUCCGAAUGUUUAGAAAAAAAUAGCCUUCAAACUAAAUAUUGCAAGAACCUAACGGAAUAUAAUCUUAGGUUAUAUAGUUUGUUAGAUUUAUAUGAAGAUAAAAGAAUGGCUUCG